AUGCCGGCUGUCCGCCAGAACCUGGGCCCGCUGAUUGUGACGGAGAGCAGGAAGAGCUGGAAGGAUGCGCUGGGCAAGGUGAACUAUGCGGCAAGCUUUGUGGACUGGUUCGUUGAGGAGGCUCUUCGGACCAACGGGAUCAUCGUCCCCAGCUCUACCCCUGCCGUCAGAAAUCUUGUCAUCAAACAGCCCAUUGGUGUCGUUGCUGCUCUAUGUCCCUGGAACUUCCCGGCGGCUAAUAUCACCCGCAAGGUUGCGCGCACUGCGUGCACAAUACGACCUCCAGCAAUGGCACCUCAAGCGGCCCGACUUCCUCGCCCGCCGCCCCCACCACUUGGGCUCCAACUCGGCGACCCAGACCGAGCCCCGCAACAGCAGCAGCGGGGCAAGGAGAAGCCGGGGACGUCGUCCCGGACACGUUCCGUGCCCCUCCUCCCAGUGGUCGCCGGCUCCGCGACCAGUCCUAGCCUCUGGGAGAUGUAG